AUGCAAAAAGCACCAGCGAAAAGCAGAGCAGGAUUACCUGAGCAGGAUUACCUGAAAAACGUGGAUCUAAGCGUUCGGCUGAAUCGUUGGAUUCUGAAACCGAUAGCCGCGUGGCCGGAAUCGAGCACCGUUUCGCCGAUGAAGAAGUACCUCAGUUGGUUCGUUCACGUCGUCUGUUAUUUCCUGAUGAGUUUCCUGUUCGUCCCCUGCUUGAUCUUCCUGAUCCUCGAAGUGAACGGCACCUACAACAGGAUUAAGUUGUUCGGGCCCCUCAGCUCUCCCCUCAUGUCGUACUCGAAGUACUACUUACUAUUGCUGCACAAGAAUGACAUCCUGAAGUGCGUGAAACAGAUCGAGUGGGAUUGGAGGAACAUGAAGCACCUGGAGGAGAAGAGGAUCAUGGUGGCGAACGCGAACUAUGCGCGUAGGAUAGUGAUCGUUUGUACGUUCUUCAUGUGCAGUUCUUACAUGUUCUUCUACAUCGCUGUGCCCAUCACCGUGGGGAGGAUCCCGGCGCAGGACGGGAACUUCACCUUCAUCUUAUUGCCGUUUCCUUCCCCGAUGCGGAUUACCGACUACCGACAAAGCCCCGUCAACGAAAUCUUCUACUUCCUUCAGUGUCUGGCAGGCAUUUUGCUGCGUGUCAUCACGGCCGGGGCUUGUAGCUUAGCGGCGACCUUCGCGGUGCAUGCGUGUGGCCAGAUGGAGAUCUUGAUGAACUGGUUGGGCUACCUGGUGAACGGGCGGGCGGAUAUGAGCAAGAAUCUGGACGGUAGGAUUGCGAGAAUCGUGGAACAACAUGUUCGAAUACUCAGGUUCUUAGAGCUUACAGAGAAAACACUUCGAUACAUAUCCCUGGUGGAAUUCCUGGGGUGUACAGUGGAGUUGUGUUUGCUUGGUUAUUGCGUUCUCAUGUGUAGAAAAAUUGCUGAGAUAUCGUACAUGAUUGACUGGCAUCGAUUACUAGGCAAGAGGAAACUCAGCAUGAUUUUGAUCAUGCAAAUGUCGCAUUCAACGAUUAAACUAACAGCAGGGAACAUCGCGGUAUUAUCUUACAGAAAGUUCGGUGAUGUCGUUAAAAGUGCGUUCGCCUUUCUGAAUGUACUACGAACGGUCACUUGA